UGAACCGCGGCUAUACAACAAUAAUAAAUUAUAGUCCCACCAUUCGCAACAUUUUCACUCAACUUUCCUUUCAUCUUUGUCUCUCUACUUACUGUUACAAAAUCCACAGCAACUUCUCUCAAAAUCUUUCUCUUCUUCUCAUCACAUUCUCACUCAUUUUGCACACUAAAAAUGGACUCUUUUUCUCCCAUUUCAGUACCAGAAUCUUCACCAAAGCCACAGACUUUCAAGAAAAGCUUCGUAACUUCUUUAAUGGAAGCAGCUACAUUAAAAACCCCAUCUUUUAAAGAAGACACUUACUUCAUUUCCCACCUAAAACCCUCUGAAAAAAAGGCAUUACAAGAGUUAAAAGACAAACUUCAAGCUUCUUCUAAUGGAGCUGAAUCUUUAUCCAUGUGGGGUAUUUCACUUUUAAGUGGAGAUGAAAAAGCUGAUGUCAUUCUCCUAAAAUUCCUCAGGGCAAGAGAUUUUAAGGUUUCAGAUUCACUUCACAUGUUAGAAAAAUGUCUGUCUUGGAGAAAAGAGUUUAAUGCUGACACCAUUUUGGAACAAGAUUUAGGAUUUAAAGAACUUGAAGGGGUUGUUGCUUAUAUGAAUGGCUAUGAUAGAGAAGGACACCCUGUUUGUUACAAUGCUUAUGGGGUUUUUAAAGAUAAAGAAAUGUAUGAGAGGAUUUUUGGUGAUGAAGAAAAAUUGAAAAAUUUCUUGAGGUGGAGAGUUCAAGUUCUUGAAAGAGGUAUUGACCAGUUGCAUUUUAAGCCUGGUGGGAUUAAUUCAAUUAUUCAAGUUACUGAUCUUAAAGAUAUGCCUAAAAGAGAAUUAAGGGUUGCUUCAAAUCACAUCCUAUCUCUUUUUCAAGAUAAUUACCCUGAAAUGGUGGCUAGAAAGAUAUUUAUAAAUGUGCCAUGGUACUUCAGUGUGUUGUAUUCAAUGUUUAGUCCAUUUCUGACUCAAAGAACUAAGAGCAAGUUUGUGAUAUCCAAGGAGGGAAAUGUUGCUGAGACAUUAUACAAAUUCAUAAGGCCUGAGGAUAUUCCUGUUCAGUAUGGUGGACUGAGUCGACCCACUGAUCUGCAAAAUGGUCCACCAAAACCAGCUUCUGAGUUCUCUGUCAAAGGAGGAGAGAAAGUCAAUAUCCAAAUUGAAGGAAUUGAGGCUGGUGCAACAAUAACAUGGGACAUAGUGGUAGGAGGAUGGGAAAUGGAGUACAGUGCAGAAUUUGUACCAAAUGCAGAAGGCAGCUACACCAUUGCUGUGGAAAAACCAAGGAAAAUUGGAGCAAAUGAAGAGGCAAUUCACAACUCAUUCACAUCAAAAGAAGCUGGAAAAAUGGUGCUUUCAGUAGACAACACUGCUUCUCGCAAGAGAAAAGUUGCAGCCUACCGAUAUGUCGUCCGCAAAUCCGCAACAAUCUCAGGCUAAAGUGAAGGAAGAAGAACAAAAAAACUUAGCCUUUUCUUUUUUUGAUUCACUUUAUCUAGAGUUGUUUAAUCUUUUUGUUGGUGAAUGUAUGGCAACUUAGUAGUAAUAUUAUCUAAGUGAUAGUGCGCUAGUAUGAAUGUAUAAAUGGUGGUAUUAUAUUGCUUAUUAGUACUACUAAUAUGAAGUGAAAAGCAUCUUAACUUUGCUAAUACCACUUAAUUGUGGGAAUUUUUUAUAGUUUUAGUGUCA